AUGGGUUUAGAAAUUAGACCUGAAGAAAAUGGAAUUCGUUGUUAUGCGAAUCCAGAAGUUUGGCCACCAAUUGUUUGUCAAUUCAAGUUAUUGUUUUCUGAUUUUAUUGUAGAAGAAUUAAGUUCAGAUGGUGUAGUUUCAUUGUGGCCAUUGGAUGGAGAUAAUGAACCAGAACAGGAGACUCCAAUUAAUGCUGAAUGUAAAGAAGUUUCUGAAGUUGAUAUGUCUAACAUUCCCAAUGGAUUAACUAAUGAAGAUGUUGAUUCAAUUUUGAAGAUAGUUAAUGGUGAGACAGUUUCAAUAAAUAUUGAUGGAUUAGAAAAAAGUGAAAGAACAGCUAUUCACAAUUUUAUUAAAUCUCUUCCAAAUAAGAACCUUUCUUCAACAACGAAAGAUAAUACUAUCGUUGUAUCUUUAAGUAAGCAAAAUGAAAGAAAGAGAUUUCAUUGGCCUGAUGAUACACCAAACUACUGUCAUUUUACAUUGUCAAAAGAAAAUAAGGACACUUCUUAUGCUAUUCGUGAAAUAGCAACAAGAUGUGGCUUAAAUGUUAAACUUUUUAGUUUCUCUGGAAACAAAGAUAGGCGUGGUGUUACAAGUCAAAAAGUUGCUGCAUACCGUGUAAAAAUGGAAAAAUUAAAAAAAUGUUCAAAGUCGUUAAAAAAUAUUCGCCUUCAUAACUUCGAGUACAAAGAUAAUGUAUUAGGAUUAGGUGAUAAUUUUGGUAAUAGAUUUCAAGUAAUUUUACGUGAUGUAGGAAAAAAUUUGACAUUAGAUGAUAUUAAAAAACGUUGUGAAGGAAUAAAUAAAUAUGGUUUUUUAAAUUAUUUUGGUCAUCAAAGAUUUGGAACAUUGGGAAUAAAUACAGCUGAAGUUGGAAGAUUAAUUUUGAAAAAAAACUAUCAAGAAGCUAUUAAUCAAAUAUUAUCUAGUAAAAAAGAUAUGAGUAGAGAGACAUUUCAAGAAGCUUUAUUUAGUUAUGCUACUGAUAAAGAUGCAAAAAAAGCAUUUAAUAUGAUAAAGGGAAAUGGAAAAAAACAUUCAUUAGAAGGGAAUCUUUUGAAAGCUUUAAUUGAUAAAGAUGGGAAUUGUCAUAAUGCUUUAUUUUCUAUGCCACGCGAAACGAUAAGUCUUUAUAUUCAUGCUUUUCAAAGUUUUAUCUUUAAUGAAGUUAUCUCUCAAAGGAUAGAAGAAUUUGGACCUGUAAUUUUGGAAGGAGACAUUGAUGAAAAUGGCAAAGUUUUAGGAAAUGAUAGUACUAUUUUUGAUAUAUCUAUACCUUUAGUGUCUAAUGAUAUGGAUAUACCAAAUAACAAGACAAAAGAUAUAAUUGAAAGUAUGCUAAAGAAAUAUGAGGUAUCAUGCGAUGAUUUCAAAAGUUUGACGAAACAUGUAAUGAUAAGUAAAAUUUCAAGAAAAAUGUUUAAAAAAUUGGACGAUCCAAUAUUGUGUGAUUUGAUAAAGUAUAGUGAUGAAAAAAAUAUUCUCCAAAGGGAAUUAAUCAAUGGUCCUGAUAUUGUAAAUGAAGAUAACUUUAGAGCUAUAAAAUUAGUUUUCUCGCUAGAAGCUGGUGAUUAUGCUACAAUGUUACUUCGAGAAAUUUUAAGAUUUAAUGUUGAUAAGCAAAGUCAAAAAAAUAUGAAUAAAAUUAAUUAA